AUGGUGGCGAUGGUAGCGGUGGCGGUGGCGGUGGCCGUGGUGGCGGGAGGCGGGUCUAACGACGAGCGCGUGGUGGUGGCCGGCGCGGUGCGGCUGGGCGCGCUGUUCGCGGUGCACGGGGCUCCGGCGGCGGCCCGCGCGGGCUCCAGCUGCGGCGCGGUCCGCGAGCACUACGGCAUCCAGCGCGUGGAGGCGACGCUGCGCGCGCUCGACGCCAUCAACGCGGACCCGGCGCUGCUGCCCGGCCUGCGGCUGGGGGCCGAGCUGCGGGACUCGUGCUGGGCGGCGCCCACCGCCCUCCGACAGACCAUCGACCUGGUGCGGGACGCCAUAGCGGCGCCGCACCCUCGCACCACUGAGACGAGUGUAGUAGUGGACAACGUGACUCGGCCGGCCGCGCACACUGCCGGCGUCCACCGCACGCCGAUGCUGGGCGUGCUGGGGCCGGGCGCCAGCUCCGCCGCCGUACAAGUACAAAAUCUACUGCAAUUAUUCUCCAUACCGCAGAUCUCAUACUCGGCGACGUCCCGCGAGCUGUCGGACCGCGCCCGUUUCUCGACCUUCUUCCGCGUGGUGCCAUCCGACCAGCAUCAGGCGCGGCUCAUGGUGGCGCUGCUCCGCGCACACAACUGGACCUACGUGCACGCGGUCUAUACGGACGAGAGCUACGGUCAGAGCGGCAUGGCGGCGUUCCACGAGGAGGCGGCGCGCGGGGCGGUGUGCGUGGCGCGGGAGGAGCCGCUGCGGGCCGCGCCCGCGCCCCACGAGGUCGACGCCCUGCUGCACAGACUCGCAGCCACCACCACCACGCAGGUGUGCGUGUGUUGGUGCGAGGGUAGGACGGCAAGAGCCCUCCUCGAGGGGUUGUCCCGGCGCCGGCCCAGGCUGCGACUGCGGCUGGUGGGCAGCGACGGCUGGGCUGACCGCCAGGACGUGGUGAGGGGCGUGGAACAUGCCGCCGCCGACGCGCUCACGCUCCGUAUCCGUUCCCCAUAUCUGGUCGAUUUUGACGCGUACUACCACAAGCUCUCGCCUCAUAACAACAUUCGGAACCCUUGGUUCCAGGAGUUUUGGGAACAAAAAUUCAACUGUUCGCUGUCGACGAGCCCCCCAGCUCACGUCCAACGUUGCACAGGUAGGGAGUCGUUGGCAUUACACGGUUACACUCAAGAGCCCAAGCUGGCGCUGGUGGUGCGCGGGGUGUAUGCGCUGGCGCACGCUCUGCACGAGAUGCGCGCCGCCGCAUGCGGGGCGACGCCGCCGGGGGGCACUGGUGGGCUCUGCGCCGCCAUGCUGCCCUUCAAUGUGUCGCAGUACAAGAAACACCUGGCGAAGGUCCGCUUCACGGCGCCUGACGGAGGUCUGGUGGCAUUCGACGACAAUGGCGACCCGCCUCCCAGGUAA